AUGGUACUUACAGAAAACUAUCCCGAGCCAUCUCAACGCGACUUGUCGCUUUGUGCCAUUUUUGACCGCCCAAGUGCUGAUUUACUCAACGAUUGGGUCUUUUGCGGUCACAAUCACUCAUCAGGAGAAUCAUCCUCAGCGCAUCAUUCACACGCUGAAGUACCUGAGUCUAUCACCAUUCCCGAAGAGCUGUACAAGCCAGUAGUGCUUGAUAAGAUAGAGCAAAUCAUCUACCUGCUAACUGAUGCAUCGCCCCUUGUCCUUCUCGAAUCAGCCGAUCAAAAAGACAACAGCAUCUAUUUGGAACUUAUCAAAAGCGAUGAGAUUUACUCCGCAUCUCAGCUUGAUCAGCGAGACUCCGAUCAGAGCGUGGUGGUAGCAGCGGGUGCAACGACGGUCGCAUCCGCCGUCUCCGACUCGCAGCCAAUCGAGCUGACAGCUGUCAGCAACGGCGCAAAGUACCAGGCCAAGUCGAGUCUCGACUUGAGCCUGUCCUCGCCGAGGUCGCCGCCGAGGUCGCCGCGGCUGUCAAAAUCGCCGCCGCCACCUCCGCCGACUGCCUUCACUCCUCGUUCCAUGGGCUCUGCCAAUGCAGGUACACCCGCUGCCGCCGCCGCCGCCUUCUUUCCCACGACGCCACCGUCGGCCACGGCAAUGAUGGACUCAUUCUCAGAGUUUCACUCAGACGCCCCCAGUGCCGACCAUGGCAGUGACCAGCACCACCAUCACUCAGCUGAGGGCGGCAGCGCCUCGUCGGCGACGGCAGUGCCGUACACUCGCCAGCAGACGUACAAGGACCGACGAAAGAACUACCGUCGGGAGAAGAAGAAACUGGCCGAUGAGCUGAUCUCCGCUAUCCAAGACCCGACCAUUGUGGUGAUGAGCGACUGGCUGAAGGUACGCACCACACUGAAGCAGUGGAACAAGUACUGGUGCGAGCUGCGGCCCGGUUCACUGUACCUCUACAAGAACCAGAAGACGCAUAAAUCGAGCAACUGGAUCGGCUCGGUGAUGCUGAAGAUGUGCGAGCUGAUUGAGCGACCGUCAAAGAAGAACGGCUUCUGCUUUAAGCUCUUUCACCCGCUAGAGCACCCCAUCUGGUCGCCAAAGGGUCCCCAUGGUGAGGCCUUCACUUCGAUCAUGUUUCCCCUGCCGGCGUCCUCGAUCAUCUUUCGCGCCCCCUCUGAGGGCUCCGGCCGGAAGUGGAUGGAGGCGAUUGAGCUGUCUUUCAAGUACUCCAACAUGAUCAUUCCCGCAAAGUACCACUCGCCCAGCAUUCAGCGAUCAAUAGAGAUGUCGUCCUCAGUACCGACCACGCCACUUAGCGCCACCUCGGCUGCUGCUUCAGCGGCGGUCAACGGCGGUGCAGUGAGCAGCUCACCACUUGUCAAUUCUUCACUGUUGCUCUCUGAGCUGGGCGGCAGCAUUGACAAGUCGGAUGAGGAUUUGCUGGGCAGUCAGCGACGAGCGCUGAUGGUUGCUGAUGGAGUGCUCCCCUUUAAUGACUCGGAGAUUGAGAAGCAUUUCGAUCUCUGCGAUGACGUGCACACCGACCACGGCGACCAGGAGGACUCGCAGGAGCACCACACGACGGAGGACAGCGAUGAUGACUCUUACUUUGAGGAUGAAGAAGAUGGAGGCGGAGGCCACCAUCACCACAUUGUCCGCGGUGGGUCGGCCAUGCGUGUGCUUCACGGGGAGAAUGGUGCCAAAGAGGUGGUGAUGGACCUGGUCGAGACGACGUACGGCUUUGACGGUGGUCUCGAGGAGUUUGGCCUGACGACGUACGGCUUUGACGGCGGUCUCGAGGAGUUUGGCCUGGUGGGCGAUGCCGGCCAGACGGAGGACGUACCGGAGGAGAACAAGUCGCUGCUGUGGACGCUGCUGAAGCAGGUCCGUCCUGGUAUGGACCUCUCUAAGGUGGUCCUGCCGACCUUCAUUCUCGAGCCAAGGUCCUUUUUGGAGAAGCUUGCCGACUACUACUACCAUUGUGAUAUUAUUUCCAAAGCCGCUCUAGAGGAAGAUCCACUGCUUCGCAUGAAGCUCAUUCUCAAGUGGUACCUCUCCGGUUUCUACAAGAAGCCCAAGGGCCUCAAGAAACCGUACAACCCCAUUCUUGGGGAGACAUUCCGCUGCUGUUGGCAGCACCCGGAGACCGACUCGAAGACCUUCUACAUUGCAGAGCAGGUCUCUCAUCACCCACCAGUUUCCGCUUUCUACGUGACCAAUCGAAAAGACGGCUUCUGCAUCAGCGGCUCAAUACUGGCCAAGUCCAAGUUUUACGGCAACUCCAUUUCGGCAAUCCUCGAGGGCACGGCCAAGCUGUCGUUGUUGGCCCGCGGCGAGGACUACCUGAUCACCUUUCCCUACGCCCACUGCAAGGGCAUCUUCCUCGGACCGCUGGCCUUUGAGCUGGGCGGCAAGGUGAUGAUCACCUGCGCCAAGACGGGCUACAAGACGGAGCUGGAGUUCAAGCUGAAGCCCUUCUUCGGCUCCGACGACCAGUGCAACCUGGUGGUGGGCAAGCUGCGGCUGGGCAGUGAGACGCUGGGCACCAUCGAGGGCCACUGGGACUCGGAGAUCUGGUACAAGGACAAGCGAGGCAACAAGGGCGAGGCGGAGCUCUUCUGGAGCGGCGUCGAUCCGAAGGUGAAGCAGAGUCGACUGCGGCGGCAUGUUGUUCCCCUCGAGGAGCAGUCGGAAACGGAGUCGGAGCGUCUCUGGAGCAAGGUGACGGCGGCCAUCAACGCCCAGAAUCAGGAGGCAGCCACCGUGGAGAAGACGGCCCUUGAGGAGGCGCAGCGAGAGGCGGUGAAGCAGCGCGCCACGAGAAUGGAAGUUUGGUCGCCCAAUCUCUUUGUCUUUGACAGCGCCUCCAGCGACUGGUCGUACAAGUUGGCAGAGAUGCGACCCUGGGAUAAUCGCACUGACAUCAAACAGUACGAACACAACUAUGUCAUUCGAACGCUGACCCGGCACCUGACUGCAAAGAAGACCGCCAGCAGUUCGCCUUCACUGUACACGGCUUCAUCCGCCGCUGUUGCUGGCAAUGUGAUCGACGGCGCAAAUAAUCUUUGUUAUACUAAAAAACAUCUCUACACACUGUCGUUUGAUACCAAAAGGAAUUAA